UGAACCCUGUGGCGAAUUGAUGUUUAUACUAUUGCUCAGCACUUAUGGUGGCAGGAAUAGUAAUGUUUGCAUUACUUAUACUUCUCCAAUAUACUGGCAAUAAAUUCUUGGUAAAACCAGGAGAAGAGAAAAAUGUUUCAGGUCAAAUUAAUGCUUUAUUAUAUGCCAUGUUAAUAAAUGUAGUAUGUUUGGUGCUAUGCUGUGGGACAAUUAAGCUUACAAAAGAUAAUGAAGAAGUUCAAGAAAAAUAUAGAAAGGUCAAAGAUCUUGAAGAAUCUAAGCAAAAAGAGGAUUAAUUAAAUGAGAGCAGUUACCUCUUCAAAUUAGCUUAUAUAAGUUGU